CUUGUGCCUCAAAAAAUGGCUACGCUAUGCUAGUGGCAUUGGCUGCAGCCUCCAAAACUUUCCGACGCCUCUUUGAUUCUUGCCUUUGCAAAUUAUAGGCAGAGAAUAUCGCACCAGGGGCAAAUAGCCAACGGCGAGGGCAGCAUCCAACGGCGGAUUUCAUAAGAAUGGGGCACUGCGCGAUCAUCCGCGAAGCUGGCGUACAGCCUACUCCACCAGAGCCUGGUCCAAAAGUGCGCCAAUAGCCAAGAGCCACCCCUCAAUUACCCAGAACCCUGUGUGUGGGGGUGCAUGUUAUUGUGCUUGCUCGCAUGCGAGCACAACCCUGAAAAAAAGACGCUUAGCAAACAAACCACGCCAUCUUCUAGAAAGCUUCCUUUCUGCACAGCACUGUGACUGGAAGAAGGCUGCGGUUGGCUGAAUCUCAUCACACAUAUACGCCAUGGCAAACACAGUGAACGCCACCGAUGUCCCCGGCACCAUCCACCUAGUAGACGUCGACCAGACUGCCGCAGAGCGACAUGUCGGCGUCACAAAGGAUAUCCUUUUGGUGCCGACGCCAUCCAAUGAUGCAAAUGAUCCGCUCAACUGGUCAGUGGGCAGAAAGCGCAUGCAGCUCUUCUGCGUCUUGCUCUUCACCUUUAUGAACGGCAUGUCUUUGUCUGUCGUCUACUCAGUCUUGGUACCCCUUUCCAAGAACCUAGAUGUAUCCGUCAACGAUCUCAAUGCUGGCACAGGCUACAUGUUUCUCCUGUUAGGCUGGAGUCUGCUCUUCUGGAUGCCCUUUUCGCUACAAUAUGGAAAGCGAGUAACAUAUCUCAUUUCUAUGCUUGGCUGUGUCGCAACGUCUCUCUGGUCCCCGUACGCCCGAGGCCAAGGACAAUGGGUAGCGCGCAACAUUGUGAUUGGAUUCAUUGCCAGCCCCAUCGAAGGUCUUCCUGGUGCUUCCAUUACCGACAUUUACUUUGCGCAUGAGCGUGGCACCUACAUGGGCUGGUUUGGAUGGUCACUCACCACGUCCAACUACUUCGCCCCCGUCAUUACCGGUUUCAUCAACGACGGCCUUGGCUUCAAGUGGCCUUUCUUUAUCAUGGCCAUCGUGUGCUUUGCUACCUUUUUGUUCCUCUUCUUUUUCCUUGAAGAAACAAACUAUAACCGUGUCACCCCUGUCGUUGAGCAAUCCGAGCCAGUAGAACAAACUGAUGCAUCGCCCGUGGAGAAGAAGCAGAUAGAAGAAGCCGCUGAACCGCAACUGCAGGGCAAACCCAAGACAUUUGUCGAAAAGUUGGCCAUUCUCGACCCGGAAUGGCGAUCUCGUCCUUUCCUUAUGGGCUGGCGUGCGUGGCAGAGUGUCAAGUUCCUCAGCUGGCCAACCAUCUUUUACGCCGGAUUCUCAUACGGCACAUAUUUGAUCUGGUUCAACAUUCUCAACGCCACAGCCUCUCCAAUUCUAUCCGCGCCACCGUACAACUUCAAGCCUAGCUUUGUCGGCUUGGCAUACAUUUCCUGCCUCAUCGGAACCGUCAUCGGUUCAUUCUACACCGGCAUCUUUUCGGAUUGGUUCAUUAUCCGUAUGGCCCGUCGCAACAAGGGCAUCUACGAGCCCGAGCAGCGUCUAUGGCUCUACACUGUCAUGCUGGUCCUCGUGCCUGGCUCUCUCCUGCUCUGGGGCGUCGGGGCUGCCCAUGAGAUUCACUGGUUCGGCCUCAUGAUUGCCAUGAUGCUCCUCGCCAUAUGCGCCAACUCCGGCGUGGCCAUGAGCAUCUCGUACCUCGCCGACUCCUUCCGCGAAAUCACCGCCGACGGCCUCACUACACUGAUGCUCAUUCGCAACACCAUCAGCUUCGCCAUCGGCUACGGCAUCACGCCCUGGGUCGAGAACCUCGGCCUGCAGAACUGCUUCAUCAGCGUCGCCUUUGUCGGCCUCGCCAUCGUAGCAACCUAUCUCGUCGUCAUCAAGUUUGGCAAAGGCUGGCGAGCAAGCAAGCGCGAGGCCUACGCGGAGGAAAUCAGAGUGCGCAAGGAGAAUAAUUCCCAAUAGUGUAUAUAUAAGUGUAUGUAGUGUGGAAACAAUUACAUCUCGGGGGUAUUAAGAAACUAUCAAAAUAUCAAAUACUAAUGUCUGCAAAAACAACAAAUCGCUGGAGUCUAUGGUCUCUGUGUUGUACCAUGCACCGACAAGAAGUGUAACGCCGUCCAUAAAACAAUGUAUCCAAGCACUGAACCUCUAUACAAAACAUGCUGAGCGCCAAAUCACAAGGUUUAAUCAUCUUCUAGACCAUACUCUGCAUCCAUUUCCUCAUGGUCGUCGUCAUCGUAUCCAGCAGCCUCAUCGUCACCGGCAACACUCUCCUCUGGAGCAUCGUCAUCUUCGUCUUCCGCGCCAAGGGUACUACCUGCCAGACUGGUCUUACGACUAGUAGCUGCCGAGCCCAGUCCGUCGGCGUUGGGGCCGUCAAAGAUGCUGCGGAUAGCAUCGUAGUUGAUUCUCUUAGACCAGGCACGAUCCUUUGCCACAGAGAUGGCAGCCUCGGCAGCCGAGUUGGCCGGGCUGGUCUGUCCCUCGCCCAUGCGGGCUCUCUUUCUGCGCUUUCGGGUUUGCUUUGGUCGCUCGGCCUCCACCUUACGUCUAAAGACUUUCUCCUGAUGCUGGCGCAGCCAGUCCUUGUUUUGGUUGACCCAAAUGGUCUCUUUGAUGCGGGCCUCCUCGGGAGACAGCAGACAGUUGAGCACUUCAAGAUCGUCUGCAAACUCGUCCUCGCCGACUUCGGCCGCCAUGGAGAUUUCACGCUGCGGUCGCUGGUUAAGCGCCCAGUUGGAGUGAAUGCGGGCACGCUGUUCGGCAUUGGAGUAGGCGAGAGCGUGUUCGUAGGUCAGCGGAUCGUUGAACAUUUCUUCAAUCUCACCCUCCAAGUCGUUUUCGUCCUCCUCCCAUUCUUCAUUAAUUGGCAGUUGGGGCUUCUUACGCUUCCCACGGCCUGACGAUUCUUUGCCUCCAUUUUCAUCGUCUUCCUCCUCCAUGGCGUCGCCAAAUUCAUCAGCGAGCUUUUCGAGGGACUCUUCAUCGACGUCAUCUCCGGUUUCUGCUGCCUUGUCGUUCUUCGGCAGAUCUUGUGAGAUUUGUGAGGGCAGCGGUGGGAUAAUAAAGCCAUCCGCGUCACGGCGGAAAUUGAUCGCUGGUGCAUCAGACAUAUCUGCACCAGCAUCAGUCAUGCGUCGUGUUCUCGACUGUGCCGGUGCUGAUGGCAUAUCCGUCUCGUCCUCAUUUUCAGGUAUAUCCAACAGCUUGCGACGUUUGCGUCCGUUCUCAUCCUGUUGCUGGCGGAAGUCGUCCGAUUUUUUAUAAAAUGAUGGCGGGUCAUGGGAACUUUCUAGGAAAUCUUGCUUCAGGAAGUCUUCGACAGACAUGCGACUUGAUUCUGUAAUGUUGAAUUCUUGCAGACGGUUUUGAAUCGUGUGGUUGGUGACUUUGACAAUGUAAACAACCUCGCGCACUGUUCGGCGGAAGUUGUGCAUACGCGCAGCCAUUAGCAAGCAUGCACCGCAAAUACCAGAGGGACGACGACCCAUAACCAUCCAAUCUCUACUCAUGCGCUUGACUAGACGAACAGCAUCUUCGGCAACCUUUGCCGUCUCCUGGUGGAACUCCAUCUUGGUGGCAAAGCGCCAGAUGAGAUCCUCGGGGUAUACUGGAAUCAGGCCGUCGUUGCCAAUAGGCACCACUUCGUUUAGCUUUUUGAAGAUGCGGCCCAGCUUGAAGACAUUGAGCUGAACAAGAUCCGCCAGAUCGAUAAGCAUGACCUUGCAUGGCGGCUCUGCACGACAAGCUGCAUAAAGACAAACGGCAGCAACACUGGCUAGUGUACGGCCUUGAAUGAAGUUGGCACCCGAUGCGAGCUUGAAGACCUGAGUGCCUGCAGUGACCAGACUCUCGCUGACAUUCAGCUGCUGAGCAUAACCCUGCAUAAGACCCUUUGCUUCACGAAUACUUUUCUCGCGGUCUUCAGAACCGCCUGCUCUUCUAAAGGCAGGUCCCAUGCUUCUGAUACCGGCCUGAUCCGCACCCAAAAAGGCACCCUGCACGACGGCAGCACCGGAGCUGGUCUCGCCAAACUGCACUUCGGCAACGAUAUUGCUGUCAUCAGCGACACGACCGCAAGUUCUGCAGGUUCCGUCGACGACGUUGGGUUUAGGACAAGCCUUAUUAGGACACUGCUGGCGCGCUGGAGGGGCAACAGAGCCCUUGUUCAUGUUGGCCGAGGCCUGUUGGGAUGCGGCGUUGGCAUUGCGACGUUCCUCACGCUCGCGCAUGGCUCGGACGGGAUUCGGAUUGGCAAAGCGAGGUCUUGGGCCGUCGCCCUUUGCGCCAAGGCGGGACUUGGGCGCGAUGAAGGAAGACAUGGCGACUGCUGGUGCUGUUGUAUACAAUAUACUGGUGGUGAUGGUGGAUGGCACCGCGGUCGCAGUUUGAUAGUGGGCAGCCAGAUGCUGCGGGUAAGGUAAGAUACGGCUCCUGCUGUGUAUGCGGUGUUUGUAUUGUUUGUAGUCGAUAGUAUAGAUAUGUAAAAGAAACUGAUGCCGCGUUGGCGGGUGCAGAGACUUUGCGUGGUCGUCGCGUGGGUUGGUGACGAGAGGUGACUGACACGCGAGGUGGGCGGCGGGAAAAAAAGUCUGCUGUGAUUUUCUGCAGCGCUGCCGUCGUGCGGUGGGCGACGGCCGGAAGCAGGAUGGCCACCACAACAAGCAACAGGCAGCGAGUUUUUGGCUGAGUCAUCGCGCGACCGAGGCCUCGUGUUCGAUCCGCCAGCCGAGCCACAUUUUCGUUGGAUUUUGUGUGGUGUGGUUGUACGCUUGUUGCCAAUUAUUUUCAAUACUUUCAUAACAUUUGAACAGAAUAAGAAACGCCAUAAAACAAGUUUGCUAUGUUUCAACAUUUAUUCUUUGUUUUAUUUAUCCUCCAACAAUAUAGUAUAACACUGCUGGUUGGUCUCAGCAAUAUGUACUCUCAUAAACAAGCACUCCAAAAGCACUUCUCCAAUAUCGCACAUUGUCUGUUUCCCAGACUCUCAAUUCUAUAAAUUCCAGUUUCCACACAAACCUCGGUACAGCUCAUAAACCUUUACCGCCUGUAAGCAUUCAUCGCCUUCUGCAUCAUCGGGGAAUGUCGCUUCCUGUC